AUGCCCCUAAACAUAAUAAUAAUCGGCUAUGGCCUCAUCGGCCCCCGCCACGCAAAAUCCGUCCUCCAGCACCCCUCCACCACCCUCCUCGCACUGAUCGACCCGUCCCCAACAGCCCUCACGACCGCCUCAUCCCUCCAAACGCUAUCCUUCCCCUCCCUCUCCGCCCUCCUCUCCACACCAAACAUCCCCCACCCCGACGCCGCCAUAAUCUGCACCCCGAACCACACUCACGUCCCUAUCGCCCUCGCCUGCCUGAACGCCAACAUCCACAUUCUUCUCGAGAAACCUAUCAGUGAUGGUAUCUCUACCGCUGUACCGCUUCUCCGUGCGGUGCAGGGAUACCCCGAGUUGAAGGUGUUGAUUGGUCAUCAUAGACGGUUUAAUCCGUAUGUUGUGAAGAUGAAGGAGGUGGUUGAGGAGGGGUUGUUGGGGAGGGUGAUUGCUGUGACGGGGAUGUGGACUAUUUGUAAACCGGAUGGGUAUUUUGCUGCGCCGAGUGAGUGGAGGAAGGAAGGGGGAAGGGGUGGGGUGUUGGGGAUUAACUUCAUUCAUGAUGUUGAUUUGUUGCAUUUUUUGUUUGGGCCGGUGGGGAGGGUUUAUGCGGAGAGGACGAUUCCUCAGCGAAGUUUGGAUGACCCGUCGCAUACGGCGGAGGAAGGGGCGGCGAUUACGUUGAGGUUUGUGAGUGGGGUUGUGGGCACGUUUGUGGUGUGUGAUGCAACGCCAGCGCCGUGGAGUUUUGAGGUCGGGACGGGGGAGAAUCCGUUGAUUCCGAGGGUUGGAAGUGAGGAUGGGCAUGGGUUUGGGGGUGGGUUUUAUAGGGUGGUGGGGACGAGAGGGGCGUUGAGUGUGCCGGAUUUGAAGAGGUGGAGUUAUGAUGGUGGGGAGAGGGGGUGGGGGAGAAAGGGCGUGCCGUUUGAUUUGCAAUUGGGGCAUUUUGUGGAUUUGAUUGAGGGGAGGGAGGAGAGGGUGAGGUGUGAUGUUGUCGAGGGGCUGAGGGCGUUGGUGGUGGUGGAUGCGGUGAAGAGGGCGUUGGAGGGGGAGUGUGUGGUUGAUGUUGAGGAUGUGAGGGAUGUUUUGGAGAAAAUGGAUUAG